AUGUCGCAAGCUCCGCCCCUGUCUCAGGGUGCCGGUUACGGUGUCGUCAUCGGCCUCGGAGCACUCUUUGCCAUCGUGGUGGUGGGCAUUUCGCGCUCGCUGGUGCGCUAUGCGGGAAUUUCCAAAGACGCCGAAGAAUUCAGUGUUGCUCGACGCUCUCUUGGCACAGGUCUGACUGCGGCCGCGGUGAUCAGCUCCUGGACAUGGUCGACCACGCUACUAUCCUCGGUGUCUACGGCUUACAACUACGGUGUUGCAGGAGCGAUGCUGUACGCGUCCGGAAACUGCACGCAGAUUGUGCUUUUCUCGACUCUGGCGAUUCAGCUCAAGCGACGCGCGCCCUCGGUGCAUACCUACCUCGAGCUCGUCCGCAUCCGCUUCGGAGUACUGCCGCAUCUGACGUAUAUCUUCUUUGCGCUGGCCACCAACAUUCUGGUCUGCAGUUCGGUGCUGCUCGGUGGUGCCGCGGCCAUCAAUUCGAUCACGGGCAUGAACGUGUACGCUGCGCUCUUCCUGCUUCCUGCCACCGUGGUGGCCUACACGCUUCGUGGCGGCCUGCGUAGCACGAUUCUCGCAGACUACCUGCACACCGUCAUCAUCUUUGUGAUCCUCUUCAUCUUCUGGCUGCGCGCGUAUGCCACGUUCCCGGAAAUCGGAAGCCCCGCAGCAAUGUACGACAAGCUCGUCUCUGCGUCGCGCAACAUCUCGGUCCCCGGCAACUACGACGGAUCCAUCCUCACUCUCAAGACCGAGGGCGGCCAGUACUUUGCGUGGCUUUCGGCUUUCGAGUACACGGGCGUUGUCUUCCUCGAUGCGUCGUUCCAUCAGAAGGGAGUGGCGGCGAUGCCCGAGGCUGCUUUCCCGGGCUACCUGAUCGGAGGUCUGGCGUGGUUCUCGAUCCCCUUCUGCCUCGCGACCACGGCAGGACUCGCCGCCCUUGCGUUGGAGACGACCUAUCCUGGAUUCCCUACAUACCCGAACCGAAUCCCCAAGGCAGAUGUAUCGGCAGGAUUGGUGCUGCCGUACGCGGCUCAGGCUCUGCUCGGCAAGGGUGGCUCGGCCGCCGUGCUGCUCCUCAUGUUCAUGAGCUGCACAUCGGCCAUCUCAGCGCAGAUGGUCGGUGUAUCCACCGUCGUUUCGUACGACAUCUUCAAGACCUACUUCAAGCCCGCGAUUUCGGCCGAAGGUUUGCUGCGAUCAAACCAAUAUGUUGUCGUCGGAUUCGGCCUCUUCGCAGCGGCUUUUGGCAGUCUGCUCCACGGAAUCGGUCUCGAUUUGGGGUUGAUUUACAAUCUGACGGGCAUAUUCACUGGAGCAGGCCUGUCGCCGCUUAUCUUUAUCUUCUUCGACACCCGACUGCACCCUGCGGUGGUGUUCCCAGGUAUUUGGAUCAACUUUGUCGCCGGCGUAGCCGUGUGGCUCAGCGUAGCGUGGCACAACUAUGGUGUUGUCAACCUCGCCUCUGUGGGUGGUGUGGUGCCUUGCUUGGCAGGAUGCGGCACGGGAAUCGGUGUCGGACUGGUGCUUUCCGUCAUCUCGGUGCUCUUCUUCCCGCGCGACUUUGCGUGGAGCAGGAUUCCCGAAAUUCUGGAAGAGCAGCAUCGCCACGCGCAGCAGCUUCGCGGCGAGAAGGUGGCCGAGCGCACGCAAGUCGACGAGAAGGCCGCUUCAAGCGCCAGCAGCCAGGGCGAGACGACGCUGGAGCUGAUCGAGCACGAUCCAUCGUACGAUCCCAAGCGACUCGACAGGUCGUUCCGCAUCGCAGUUGUCUCAGCCCUGACGAUCUUUGUGGUGAUCACGAUCAUCUGGCCGUUUUCGCUGUACCGCGACUACAUUUUCUCGCGCACCUUCUUCCAAGGCUGGGUCACGGUGUCGUUCAUCUGGGCCAUCGCUGCCUUUGUCGGUGUGGGUAUCUUCCCCCUCGUCCAGGGCAUCCCUGUUGCCAAGACCAUCAUUCACAACCUCAAGAACAAGGCAACCCGCAAGUCGGACAAGCAGCAACCAGCUUCGGAUGCUGCAUCGCCAUCAGAGUCGUCGACUCCAGCGUCGCCAAACGAGUCAAAGACCAAGAUCACCCAGUCGCACACCGACUCCAACUACAUCGCCUAG